GAGACGGGGACGCCGGUGCUCAACUAGAAGGGAGAGAGGCCAAGACCGCAAGCUGGGGCUCCUGGGUUUUUUUUCCCCAAAGGAGACCAAUCGUAAGCCAGAUGCAGACGAGUGACUGUCACAAAGGCCAAUUAGAUUCUCCCGAGGGAACCUGACCCGGCCUCUUCUCUGAGGGACGGCUGUAUCUACCAAUAAGCAUGAGCGAGAAGGCGGUCCCUUCGCCUAGUCGGAGCCGGGUUAAGCGGAGCUGCCCUUCGUGUGGCCCAGAGCCUGGGGACGAAGAGAAGGGCAGAGAGAACCCUAUUUCUGUUCAGCGGUUCCCCCCAGAGCUGGUGGAGCACAUCAUCUCAUUCCUCCCAGUCAGAGAUGUGGUCACUCUGAGCCAGACCUGCCACUACUUCCACGAAGUGUGCAAAGCUGAGGGCGUGUGGAGACGCAUCUGUCGCAGACUCAGUCCUCGUCUACGAGAGCAGGGUUCUGGGGUCCAGCCCUGGAAGAGAGCUGCCAUUCUUAACUACACGAAGGGCCUGUAUUUCCAGGCAUUUGGGGGCCGCCGCCCGUGUCUCAGCAAGAGUGUAGCCCCCAUGCUAGCCCAUGGCUACCGCCGCUUCUUGCCCACCAAGGAUCACGUCUUCAUUCUUGACUACGCGGGGACCCUCUUCUUCCUCAAAAAUGCCCUGGUCUCCUCUACCCUUGGCCAGAUCCAGUGGAAGCGAGCCUGCCGCUAUGUAGUAUUGUGUCGCGGAGCCAAGGAUUUUGCCUCGGAUCCAAGGUGUGAUACCGUUUACCGUAAAUAUCUCUACGUAUUGGCCACCCGGGAGCAGCCGACAGUGGUAGGCACAACGGGAAGCCGGGCCUGUGACUGUGUCGAGGUCUAUCUGCAGUCCAGUGGGCAGCGGGUCUUCAAGAUGACCUUCCACCACUCCAUGAGCUUCAAACAGAUUGUGCUGAUUGGUCAGGAGACCCAGCGGGCUCUGCUGCUUCUCACAGAGGAAGGAAGGAUCUACUCUUUGGUAGUGAAUGAAACCCAGCUGGACCUGCCACGCUCCUACACAGUUCAGCUGGCCCUAAGGAAGGUGUCCCAUUGCCUGCCUCACCUUCGUGUGACCUACAUGGCUUCUAACCAGAGCAGUACUCUCUACAUCACGGACCAGGGGGGAGUGUAUUUUGAGGUGCAUACCCCUGGUGUGUAUCGUGAUCUCUUUGGGACCCUUCAAGCCUUUGACCCCCUGGACCAGCAGAUGCCGCUUGCUCUCUCACUGCCUGCCAAGAUCCUAUUUUGUGCUCUUGGCUACAAUCACGUUGGCCUGGUGGAUGAAUUUGGUCGGACCUUUAUGCAGGGAAAUAACAGAUACGGGCAGCUGGGAACUGGGGACAAAAUGGACCGAGGGGAACCCACACAAGUACAUUAUCUGCAACAUCCCGUUGCCCUGUGGUGUGGCCUCAACCACUCCCUCGUGCUGAGCCAGGGCUCGGACUUCAGCAAGGAGCUCCUGGGCUGUGGCUGUGGGGCUGGAGGCCGCCUCCCUGGCUGGCCUAAGGGGAGUGCCUCUUUCGUGAAGCUCCAUGUCAAGGUCCCUCUGUGUGCCUGUUCCCUCUGCUCUACCAGAGAUUGCCUGUACAUGCUGUCCAGCCAUGACAUCGAACACCAUCCCACCUACCGGGACCUACCAGCCAGCAAGGUGGUGGGGACCCCAGAGCCCAGCCUUGGGGCUGGAGCACCCCAGGACCCUGAGGAGGCAGCCUGGGCCUGUGAGGAGUACCUCAGCCAGAUCCACAGUUGCCCCACGUUGCAGGAUCGCAUGGAAAAGAUGAAGGAGAUAGUGGGCUGGAUGCCCUUGAUCGCUGCACAGAAGGAUUUCUUCUGGGAGGCCCUGGACAUGCUGCAGAGGGAUGCUGCAGGGGCUGACCAGGGCCCCUCAUCCCCUGAGAGCUGAGCCCCUCUCCUCGUCUCAACUCUGGAGGGAGAGUCUGGCCCUGGGCCAGGAGCUAAGGAGAGAUGGGGUGGUAGCAGUAAACACUGUAUGUGCACAUGGGGAGGGGUGGGAAUUUGCUAGGCUUGCCAGGGUGGGCAGGGAACUGUUUGGUAAAAUAUUCAGGGGGCUGCCCAAGAGGGGUGCCCAACCUGACUAUCAUUGACAAGAGAUUUGAUGAACAAAUAGAAUAAAAGGCUGAAGUGAG